CCGCCAUUGCAUUUCAGAUUACGCAUCGACAAGAGCGUUUGUGUUUUCUAGUACUAGUUAUUUAAUAAUUUUUAUAAAUCAAAAUGAGGGAAAUCGUACACAUUCAAGCCGGACAAUGCGGUAACCAGAUUGGAGCCAAAUUCUGGGAAAUUAUUUCCGAUGAACAUGGUAUCGACCCCACUGGAGCCUACCACGGAGACUCAGACCUCCAACUUGAAAGAAUAAAUGUCUACUACAAUGAAGCCUCUGGAGGCAAAUAUGUUCCCCGUGCCAUCCUAGUAGACUUGGAACCAGGUACCAUGGACUCUGUCCGAUCCGGCCCAUUCGGACAAAUCUUCAGGCCAGACAACUUUGUAUUCGGUCAGUCUGGUGCUGGAAACAAUUGGGCCAAGGGCCAUUACACGGAGGGAGCCGAAUUAGUAGACUCAGUUUUAGAUGUAGUCAGGAAAGAAGCAGAAUCCUGUGACUGUUUACAAGGAUUCCAACUUACACACUCCCUUGGUGGUGGUACCGGUUCCGGAAUGGGCACACUACUCAUCUCAAAGAUCCGUGAGGAAUACCCAGACAGGAUCAUGAACACAUACUCAGUCGUACCUUCCCCCAAAGUAUCAGACACAGUUGUAGAACCCUACAACGCCACCCUGUCUGUUCACCAACUUGUAGAAAACACAGACGAAACUUACUGUAUUGAUAAUGAAGCUCUCUACGACAUCUGCUUUAGGACAUUAAAACUCACCACACCCACAUACGGAGACUUGAACCAUUUAGUAUCCCUUACCAUGUCUGGAGUCACCACCUGCCUUAGAUUCCCCGGUCAACUGAACGCUGAUCUUCGUAAACUGGCUGUCAACAUGGUUCCAUUCCCUCGUCUUCACUUCUUCAUGCCUGGAUUCGCCCCUCUGACAUCCCGCGGUAGCCAACAAUACAGAGCCCUCACUGUUCCUGAACUCACCCAACAGAUGUUCGAUGCCAAGAACAUGAUGGCUGCCUGCGACCCAAGACACGGACGUUACCUCACUGUGGCUGCUGUAUUCAGAGGCAGGAUGUCGAUGAAGGAAGUAGACGAACAAAUGCUCAACAUCCAGAACAAGAACAGCAGUUACUUUGUCGAAUGGAUCCCCAAUAACGUAAAGACAGCCGUUUGCGACAUUCCACCAAGGGGUCUCAAGAUGUCUGCCACUUUCAUCGGUAACUCCACUGCCAUCCAAGAAUUGUUCAAGCGUAUCUCUGAACAGUUCACAGCUAUGUUCAGGCGUAAGGCUUUCUUGCAUUGGUACACGGGCGAAGGUAUGGACGAAAUGGAAUUCACUGAGGCUGAAUCCAACAUGAACGACUUGGUAUCUGAAUACCAGCAAUACCAGGAGGCUACCGCCGAUGAGGAUGCCGAAUUCGAUGAAGACCAAGAAGCCGAAGUCGAUGAGAACUAAGUUCUUUUUAACAUCGCUGAUCUGAAAUCCGCUUCUCAUAAAUUCUUUUGUAUUUACGCAUGUUUUUUGUACAGUCUUUACAUUCCCGUUUGUAAAUUCGAAUACAUUACUUAACUUAUUCAAGACUGACUUUUUUGUUGCUUUUAUUUCCAGUGUUCGUUUCAAAAAUGUUCAUAACAUGUUUUUGCAUAUUUUGUUUAAGAAAUAGGCAUUAAAACUGCUGCCAUCACUUA